AUGAGUCACCCAUACCAGAUCACUGCUUUGUGCAAAUCUCAGGAUUUCGCUCCCGAGGGUCUGCUAUUGGCUGCCUGCGGUGCUAAAAUUGUCUCUGUAAAACUUUCAGAUGGCUCGAUUUUGUCUCAAUGGCCAGAGCAAAACGACAACAGCUCCGUCGAAGCCGCUUCAGAUGGUCCUCCUGGCAAAAAACGCAAACUUGAUUCCGAGACAGCACCUACUCCAAAUGUCAUCAAACUAGCUAUUUCUGCUGACAGCAAGCAUGCCGUUGCUGUGACGGAUGACAAGUCCGUCAGAGUUCUCGAGGUGACUGAGAGCGGUAAGCUGAAUGAGUUGAGCGAAAGAAAUAUGCCCAAACGACCUUGUGCUGUCGUGGUAACUCCGGACAACAAAACUAUCUUGUGUGGUGACAAGUUCGGAGACGUGUACUCCCUCCCUCUGUUUCCAUCUACCUUUGUGGACAAAAUUGAAGACAGCUCCAAGACAGAGACCAAGGAGGACGCCGGCUCUAAGAAAUACGUUCCUGCAGCCUCCACUUUAACUGUUCAUUCUGGUCGCAACCGAAGAGCGCUCGAAAAUCAGAUGAAGCAGAAGGACCUGCAAGCCAAAGCGAGGGAGGGGCCCAAGUUCGAAUACCAACUGCUUCUUGGACAUGUUUCCAUGCUGACCGAUGUCCAAUAUGCGACUGAAGAAGUCGAUGGCAAAACCCGUGGUUAUAUCAUAACAGCCGACAGAGAUGAACACAUCAGAAUCUCAAGGGGGCCUCCUCAAGCACACAUCAUUGAGGGCUUCUGCCUCGGACACAAGGACUUCAUCAGCAAGAUUUGCCUGGUACCCGGUAAUGAGCUCUUGGUAAGUGGUGGUGGAGACGACUGGUUGGGCGUGUGGGAUUGGCGAGCUGGCAGCCUGAAAGAAAAGCGCGAUAUGAGGUCCGCUCUUACAAGUCUCUUCUCUUCUCAAUCUUCGGACGUCAACUUCGGAGCUAGGAGCCCAAUUGCGGUUUCGGGACUCUGGGCUGUACCUUCCGGUACGGAGAUCAAGGAAACGGCAGUGUUGGUCGCUUGCGAGAGGCUGCCAUGCCUUUUGGUGUCACAACAGGGCUCGGCCUUGACUGGUAUCUCUCUACCAGGAGUGCCCUUGGAUGUUGCUGUGGUUGGUAACACUGUCAUCGUCUCAUUGGACGUCACAGAGGCACCGACCCCGCGUCUACAAGCUUACGCAGUACACAAGACCGGAUCCGAAGUUGGCCUAGAGCUCGAUAAAAGCUUCAGCCUGAAGCUGAAUGCUGCUAACAAUCUCAUGCUUCCUGCGCCAGAGCGGAAGCAACUCGACAACUUGUUGUAUGGAAUCGAGAACUUGAGGAAGAGAGGCACUCCAGAAGAAGCACAAGAUGCUGCAACAGAACAAGCAGUCGACGGUGCAACUAGCGAGAUAACAGAGGAUGACCCCACGGAAGAAUAG